CGACUAGUUGGUUGGUUGGUUGAAUUGUAUUUGGCAGUUGUUGUUGUUGUUGUUAUGAUCAUCACUAUGUUGUAAUAGUUUGACCCGAAGAAGAAGACGACAAAAAAGCCGCUUUUUUGGUUUUUCCCUACCAAAAUUAUCAAAUUUUUUUUCUGGUUAUUUUCCCGUGUGUGUUUUACAUUCAUUCAUUCAUCGACAAGUGUGUCGGGUGGUGUUUCUGGUCGUCGUUGUCGAAAUCAACCAGAAAAACACAUCAUCAUCAGCAUUCUCAUUCACAAUUCAUUAUGUGAAAAAAAAUCUCUGUGUAUUUCGUAUGUUGUGUGUGUGUAUGACAUAAACACAAAAUAAACAAACAAAAACCAAAAUCAAAUCAAAUCAAAACAUAUAAGAUUUUUUGGGUUAUUUAUUUGUUUGUGUGUGCAACAAUAUAUCCUACCAAAUUUCCUUUAUAACACAAAAGUAAAAUCCAAAUGUUACCAGAUUGAUGAUAAUGGAAUCGAUCGAUUUGAUCCGGUUUGAUGAAUUUAGGUUAACCUUAUUAUUAAACAUACUGUGAAUAUUCAUCAAGCAAAGCGAAAAUAAAACCAAAAAGGGAGCCACCAAAUAUAAUGAAACUAUGGAAUCAAUAAAAAACAUUAAAUAUUAUCAUCAUAGACAUUGUUUUUUAUCAUCAUCCGCAUCAUUAAUAAUGAGGAUGGUGAUAAUUUUGUUGUUGUUGUUGUUGUCAUCAUUAACAUCGGUGAUUACGGCCAAACCAACAACUGGUCAACAACAACAACGAUUAUUUCAAUUUGAUUAUUCUCAGAUGUUGGCGAUAAAUACGACAACAACAACAACAACACUUUUGCCAUCAAUAUUGACAAAAAUCAAUCAUCAUAAUGAAAUUAUUCAUAACAACAAUGAUGAUCAUCAUCAUCAACUGCAAAAUCCACAUCUUGAUAUUAAUCUAAUUAAUUUAUUACCCGAAGCAAAUUUAUUAUUUUUAGAUGAAACAAAUUUUGUUCAUCAACAGGAAAAUUCAAAUCAACGACCAAUCUUUAAUAAAUUGAACAGAUUAAAUGAAUCAAAAUCAUCAUCAAUUAUUAAUAAGGAUGAACAGGACAAAAUCGUUGAUAUUCGACAUUUUGCAUUAACUGAUUCAACCAGUUCAAUAACAUUAUAUGCUACAUAUGGACCAUUUAUGACACAAAAAACUAUAAAUCCAUUUUCAAUUUGUCGAAAUGAUUCAUCCAGAUCAACAACAACAACAACAAAAACGGCAGCAAAAACAUCCGUUGAUUGUCAACGAAAAUUAUCAUUUAACAAUGAUGGAAAUGGUGGUGGUGGUGAUAAAAAAAUUGAUAACAACAACAAUAACAUAUCUGAACAAAUUAAUGCUUAUCUUGUUACACGUGAAGUACGUCGUAGUCAUCCAAUUCUUCGUGUUUUAUUCUAUGCUAGUCAUUUAUUUGAGCUUCGUUCUAAUAAUAAUCAUUUAUUACGACGAUCAUCAUCACCAACAUCAUCAAUGACGAAUAAUGGUGGUGGUGGUGGUGGUGAAAAAUCAAUUUGUGCUGUUGUUAUUGUUCAAUAUCAUGGUGAACGUUUAUUUGGAACAUGUAGUCCUAAUCAAAAUCGUUUAAAUGCCUGUAUAGCUGAAAUUAUUAUACCAGCAUUAUAUUGGCCACCAUUAGAUGUAACGAAUGGUGGCGUUUAUGCAGCUAAACAACAAAAAUCAUCAAUGGCAAAAGUUUUCUAUACAAUUGCACAUAUACCCGGUGAUCAACAAUGUAAUGAUCAGAAUUUUCUUUCAUUAUUAGCAUCAACAUCAUCAUCGGAUAAUAGUGAUGAAACAAUAUCCGAUUUAUUUAGUGCUGAAAAUUCAAUGAAUUUGAUUCAUUUAUCGGAUGUAUUUUUAGUUCCGUUUCGUGGUAGUUAUGAAGAAGUUACUAAUGAUAAUGUUGUCACCGUAUUAAUACCACAAGAGCCUGUUUAUCCAAAUAGUAAAAUUUACAUUCCAGUCAAGUAUACUUAUAAUCCGGAAUAUCCUAUUUCGGCAUUCAGUUUACGUGUACAAGUAAAACCUGGUCUAAAAAUAUUGGGUGCACAAUUAUCACAUCCGAAUAAAUUAUGGCAAUUAAGUAUUGAACUUGGUACAGGACAAACAUCAGCUACUGUAACAGCAUUUUUACGUGAUUCAUCAUCAUCAUCAUCGUUCGAUAAUCAAUCGCCAUUAUUGGAUGAAUUAAUGGAAAAUAUUUCACAAGAAGUUUAUUCAUGGCUGAUUGAAGUAACCGAUGAAGUAAAUAUUGCUGAAAUGAAUGGUAGAAUUGUAUGGCAAUUAUUAUAUGAAACUGAAAUGGAUGGUUAUCGAAAUAAUCCAAAUAAUAAUAUUAUUAUCGAUUCAUCUAAUGAACAUUCUCAACGACAACGACAACAAUCCGAAUUGGAUGAAAAUUUUGAAAAAGAAUCGAUUAAAUUAACAUCAUUAAUUGAUAUACAAAAAGAUGUGAUGGAAGAAAUUAUUGCCAUUACAAAUUCAAAAGAAUUACUUAAUACUGCUGUAUUGAAUGGUAGACAAAUAUCGCGUAAGAUGCGUAUCUAUCAGGUUUCGGCUGCUGGUCAUAUUAGUGAUAUUACAUUUCAAUGUAGCUGUCAAUCAAUUGAUGAAUCGAUUAUUAAAGUUUCAACAUCAUGUACAUCUGUUUAUCUGGAUGGUAGUGAAAUUCGUGGCAGUCAAAAUGCAACCAUUCGAAUACGAUAUGGUUCAUUUAUAGGACAAGGAAAUUUUGUUGUUUGGAUGCCACAAAUACCAUUGGAAAUUCGUGUAAGUGAUGAUAAAUUAAGUCAAAUCAAAGGAUGGCGUGUACAUCGUAAUAUUCGUAUUGGUUCAAUGAAUUUCAAUCCUUUCAAUCAUGGUUCAUCAUCAUUAUCAUCAUCAUCAUCGAUACAUGGAAAUUAUUUCGAUACAAUCGAUGAUGAAAUGUUGGCCGAUCAAAAUGAUGAUGAUGAUGAUAAUGAUAAUGAUUAUUGGCCCGAAUCAUUUAACAUUGCAACGGAUUCAAUAAAACAGAUUUGUCAACUGAAAUUUCAGCAAACACGAAUUGAAGUUUAUACACGAUAUAUGAGUAAUGAUCAUGAUUCUGGUCGUGAAGCAUCAUUAGUAAAUCGUCGACAUUUGAUUCGUAUAACGAAAAUUAUAAAAAAUAUGAUUCGUGUUUCGGAUAAGAAAAUUAUAGGUAUUUUACGUGGAAAUAUUAUUGAAGGUGUUAGUUCUGGUAUAGCUAAUGUGGAAAUAAUUUCACCAAUAACCGGUAAUAUUAUUGGUUCGAAACGAAUCGAAGUUGACACGGAACGUUUAAAUAUUACCAAUAUGAAAGUUAGUCUGAUAUCAGGUAUUCGAAUGGAAAUUGAACCAGUUGAUGGUCAUGGUAAUCAAAAUCUAUGGAUGGUUCGAACUAGUCUGUUAAAUUCAUUGACAAAACAAUAUCAGGAAGCUUUAUUAGAUGCUCGUCUAUAUUUUUCCGAUCAUACAUCAUUAUAUUUAUCAGAUAUUUCACCAAAUGAUUAUCAUUUGACUAUAAAUACAUUUAAAGGUGUUGUCGAUAAUGUAACUCGUAAUAAUGUUAUGGAAAAUUAUGAUGAAAUUGGUUCAUUUAUUUAUGAUAUACCAAGAAUAAUUGCAUUGAUGCCUGGACAAGGUGAACAAAUUCAUAUGACCAUUGAUUCGAUACGUUCAUGUCAACGAAAAAAAUCCAAACCAUUAUCAUCAUCAUUUGUUAAUGUUGAUGUUAAUUUUGAGCUACCAAAUUCAAUGUUUUCAUUACAAAAUGAUGCUAUUCAUUAUCGACGUUAUGGAACAUCAAAUACCGCCGGAAUACGUCAUCAUUCACCAUCAAUUAUUAUUAAUCAAACGGGAAAAACAAAUGAAUUUGUUGAUAAAUUUUUAAAUCCAUUCUAUAAGAAGCGAAUAAUUUCUUCGGCAAAAGAAUAUCAUAAUAACAAUAAUGAUAAUAUUCGAUAUCAACGACAUUCGAUUCCUAUUUCUACUGCCACAGCAGCAGCAGCAAAUGAAAAUGGAUCAACAAUGAAAUUUGGAAUUAUAAGUUUUCUAACCAUUAUUGGUAUUGCAUUUAUCAUUAUCGUAUUUUAUUCAAUGUUUAUGUUUCGUUUUCAUAAUAAAAAUCAUCAAAAUCAUAUUACAACAACAACAACGACAACAAAUGUAAAAACAACAACAACAGCGGAAUCACCAGAAUCAUUUAGAAAAUUAAAAAUAAUGGCCGGUAAUUCAAAACGAUCAUAUCUAUCUGGAUGUUUAAAUUAUCGUAACAAUGAUAAUAAUGAUCAUCAUCAAAUGGAUGAUGUUCGUGAUUGGAUAUGGAUAUCAAAAGAAGAACUUGAAAAUGAUGAACAAAUGAUUAAAAAUUCAUUGAAACAUGAAAAACUUUUAACACCUUUAUUACAUCAUCAUCAUCAUCAUAAUCGUUCGAAUAAAUUAACAAAUCAAACAUUAUUGAAUUCAUAUAAUCAAAAUGAGUCCAAUGAUAACGCAACAACAACAACAGCCACAAUGAAUUUAAUAAUCAAUCCAAGUGAUGAAACAUUCUUCAAUCACCAAAAUGAUUCUGAUGAUAAUAAUGUUAGUGGUGAUAAUAAUAAUAUUAAUGAUUCGAAGGCCAUUAAUCGAAAAUAUAAUUUUUCCGUUCCUGGAACGACAAUGGUCAUGUCGAAUGAUAAUAAUCAUGAUAAGGUGAUGCAAUCAUCAAAACCAUUAUUGAUGAUGGCAAAAACACGACAUAUACCUAUACCGAAAAAACGUGUCAUCAAUAAUAAUAAUCAUCGUCAUCAUCAUCAUCAUCGAAAUAAUCGUAAUCAUCAUAUUGAUAAUGAAAUGGUGCCUAAACAAAAUUCAUCAUCAAUACCACCACCAUUACCAUUGCAUAGAAUUUUGGAUGCUAAACCAAAUAAACGGCUAAAAAUUUCAUCACCAUCAUCAAAUUUGGAUAAUAAUAAUGAUGAUAUUGAUGAAAUUCCACCACCAAUACCACCACAUCGAAAUAAUUCAUCAAUAAUGAUACAGAAAAGACCAAAUCAAUUAUCAUUACAAAAUGUAAAUUCUACUACUAAUAAUCAUCAUCAUCAUCAUCAUAAUCGACAAUCACCAACGCAACCAUCGAUCGAUCAUCAUUGUAUGAUGAAAAUAUUGAACAAUAGGCUAAAAGAAUCGCAAGCUUAAAUCAUCAAC